UUCUUAAUCUUUUUCUCAGUCACCUUGAUCAUUCUCGUUCCUUCUCUUUUCUUAUUUAAUGAAAAGGAAGAAACAAGUGGGUAUGUUAACUUCUUUCCCCAGCCCUCCUUGAGCUUAUACUGUUGCUGCUGCUGCUGCUGCUGUUGCUUCUGCCCCUCGCAACACCCCCACCUUAUCGCACACACUUUUCUCAUCUCUUUCUCUCGCUUGCUCGCUCGCUCGCUCGCUCUCGUUGGUUGACCCGCUAAAAUAGACAAAGCUUUAUUCCCGGCCAAAGUCAGAGAUAUUAACAGUCCCCAAUCUCCACACGUAGUCGGUACAUCGUCGUCGGUUCGACAAGUUUAAUAUUGAUUUAUAAAUCGACCUGCUUCUUUUCAAUUAGUGUCUGAUAUUUUCCUUUUAAUUCGAUCUUCUUCUUUUCCUUAUUUUCCUUUUAAUUCGAUCUCUCUUAUCAUUCUUAAAUCAUCGAGUAAUAGUGUGAAUUUGGAAAUUUACUUGAAAAUUAAGAUAAUGUUAUGUAUGACCCUUAGAGAGUAGACAUAUAUACGGUCAUUAACGAAUAAAUAAUAACAAGUAACAAGGAAAAAUAUUGUAUAGUUUAUCGUCGUUAUGUUUUUGAAAGGUUAUGAAAAUGUUGGUAAUAUUGGAGAUUAUUUUGAGCAUAUAUUUUCUCUUUUACUUUCUAUUAAUCGAAAAUAAUAGUUGGUUUGGAAGAUGGCGACAUCAUGAUUACGUCAUAUUUUUACUUGACAUUGCAUUUCUCCGAUAUUAUUAAAUAAAAAGAAAUUGAUUCGCGAUCAGAUAUGCCACAAUAUGACGAAUCUUUUCUCGAUUCGCCAAUCUUCAGACGACGUGUACGAACUUAUUUCGUACAAAAGAAAUCCUCGACGAAAUCAAGAUCGUUCAAGAAUACGUCUGUACCUUUGUUGUUGGCCGUGACCGAUCUCAAUAACGAUUUCUCUGAUUCGCUUUCGAUCUGCAGUACGCAAGGGAAAAACAAAGGAUGCGCAUUCAUUGAAAAUGAAAAAAAUAAAAUUACAGAAAGCAACGAGGAACGUUCAAACGGAAAGGCGCGCGGCGGUAAGCUCGCGCGUCGAGCACGCUCCUUUAAGGAGGACUUUUUGGAGAAGCUUUCACACAUGCGUUCUCCGGGUAGCGGUGGUACAGGGGCAGGCGGCGCAGAGAGCGUCGUAGGAGGAGCCGGCCGAGCAAGUUCACCUUCGUCGCCACGAGCACCGCGUGAUAAAAAUGGAGUUACUGGAAUUGGACUUGGAACAGGUGGAACAUCGUCGUCAUCGUCAGGAAAGGAUAGUAAUAAUGCAGCUGGUCUUGAAAAAAAUCCUUUACGAGACUUGCAUGUUCACGUGAGACAAGUACAGCUUGCUCUUCUGCAUUUUCGGGAUGUUGUCUCGAAAAAGAAAUUGGAAAUGUUGCCAGGUAAUGGGACAGUGGUUCUCGACACUGUUACCACCAUACACACGGUACUCAAGUCCUAUCUUCUCUAUGAAAAUAGUUCCACGCUAGGAUCCGCAACCAAUCAAGUUUAUCAAGCACUCGCUCAGUUAUUAAAGCUUUGCGACGAUGUCUUGUUACACGGCGAUCAAUCUUCUGCUUUGGAUACCGAAAAUGUUACCCAUAUUAUCGGUUUGGUCGAAGAAGCAGUUAAGAAUUUGGUUUCCCUUGCUCAUGAGAAGAUUUCUAAUCGACAGAAACCUGUUAGCAUUACGAUUAACAAUCGUGCAUCGGGUUAUGGAUUGGAACUUGCUCCUCAGAGGAACUCGCUGCCGGAUAUACCUUUAACACCAAGGGAAAGAGAGAUCUUAGAACAGACCGCUGCCAACAAUAGUCUUGUUCGAAGUUCUCAUAGUUCUGAAUCUAUUUUAAGGGAUUCGAGUCCACCACCAAAACCUCCUCUUCCUGAUAGAACGAACGUAUGCUUCUCCGAAGAAAACAGUUCGUCAGGUACACCACCACCUUUACCACCGAAAAGAAGAACCAGAACUCAACAAUUGCUCGACGAGUCUGAGAGUUUCUUAGCAUCUAGUCUCGAUAGGGUUUCCUUGCGUAGUCGAUCACCGGAAGACUCUUCUUCUAUUUUAAGUGCAUCAGCUGGUAGUUUGGAUUCUGCUUUAAAUCAUUCGCGUGACGAGGAUGAAAUUCGAGCGAUCAUGGGACCAAACGAUGAGUCUCUCAAUGAUAGUAUGGAUCUCAGUCUUAUAGCUACCAUUAAAAGUAUGCAAGUUAAUGGGACCUCUAAUUGUGCUUGUUGGGAUAGUUCUGAAAGCAGUAUACCAAGUACUAUGUUACUAGGACAACAAACACCGCAAGAAAUUCUUAAUCCGUUCACCGGUAUUGAUGGAAAAAUAGAAAGAUUUUCAACCCAAACACAUGAAUCCGGUUUUGUGUCGAUGCAUUCUCAAAGAAGUUCUUCUCAAAGUUACACGACUGCUUCUAGUACAACUUCAAAAAGGUCAUCGCAACAAAGCAGUAUCAGUUAUAGUUCCCAAACGUUUAGUACCCAACAACAAUCUCUUUAUCAACAAAAGUUUACAUCUGAUAGCAAUGGUUCUGUUUUCAUGCAAAAAACAAUGAGCAGCUCUAAAAGUACCACGGAUAAUAUGAAUAUAACGGGAAGUGGCGAUGCCGUUAUGUUAGAAAAAUUGAAAAAUGAAAUGGAAUCAAUUACUAUAUCCGAUGCUAAUGGAAUACCACCUGCAUUGCCAGAAAAACGAUCUAAACGGAGAAGAGAACGUCAACCGUCGCAAUACGACAAUGUACCUGAAAAUGAACAUUUGUCUACUUGCAGUUUGCACACCAGUAACGGCGACAGUUCGGAUACCAAUAAACCACCACCUCUUCCGCUGAAAAAAAAACAUAUGUUCCAAUCAGUGGCAUAUUCUGUUAUGGCAUACAUGGAGAUGUUUGGAAAUUGCUCUCACAGCAACAACGACUUCAUUUCUGGCCUUGGAACUCGUCAUUCUGUAGCAGCUUACAAUUCCAUGCAAGCAGAAUGGCAGCAACAUGAAAUGGCACUCACUACGACUCAAUCUUGUUCUUUUAUGGCUCAUACGGUAACUAACUUGCAUGACACCACAAGCGUUUCUAUAUCUAUGACUCCAAGCAUUACGGAAAUAACAAAUAAUUCUAGUCUUCCUCCGGCUUUACCACCAAAGAGAUCACGAUCUAUCAAAUCAAAUGCUACACCUUCGAUAGUUUCACCAAAGCCUACGAUUAGUAUGCAAAGCAUACAUACAUCUGAUUCAAUUUUAUCAUCGACUCCUGUCAAAAUUGAUGAGCCGCCGUCAUAUAAUGAUGCUUUUCUUGAUAAAAAAGAUGUUGUAUCGUCAACUCCAGUGAAAUUGAAUAUCACCGGUACUGCAUUAGACAUAGCAUUACCAACUUCCAGACCUGCAAGUAAUGCUCUUUCUUCUGUAUCCAUUAGCGAUAACACUUUGGAAUUAAGGGAUAUAGAUCAGGAUGAUAAUAUAUUGGAAGAAUUAGAUAUCAGUAAAUAUUUAGUUUUUAAAAAAUCUGAUGAAGAAGGACCCGAUAUACGUGGUGGACAUCCUGAUGCAUUAUUAAUUCAUGCUACCAAAGCAAAUAAGCAUGACGAAAAGGAAUCAGACUUUUUAUAUCAGGAAGCUUUUCUGACAACAUACAGAACAUUUAUGCAACCGCUUGAAUUAAUUCAAAAAUUACAUAAACGACAUCAACGUUUUUCCUGUUCUCCAGAUGUUACGAAGCAACGAGCAGCUCGAGAAGCUUUCUCCCUAUUAGUUAGAGUAGUCAGUGAUUUAACUAUGUCAGAUCUUGACGAUACCUUAUUACAAACUUUAAUGGAAUUCGUACAGCAAUUAGUAUGCAGUGGUGAUUUAACAAUGGCUAAAGCUUUACGAGUGAAAAUAUUAGAAAAGCAUGCCGCUAAGCAAUUACAAUACGCACAACCAAUUUUAUCUUCUCUCAGUGUAACGACGAAACAAGCAUCACUUCUAGAUUUUAAAAGCGAACAAAUCGCAGAACAAAUGACUCUAUUAGACGCAGAUUUAUUUAUGAAAAUUGAAAUUCCUGAGGUAUUAAUUUGGGCUCAGGAACAAAAUGAAGAGAGAAGUCCAAAUCUUACAAGAUUCACAGAACAUUUUAAUAAAAUGUCAUAUUGGGCUAGAUCCAGGAUAUUAGAGCAUAGAUUGGAGAACGAAGCUAAGGAUAGAGAAAAAUAUGUUGUCAAGUUCAUUAAAAUAAUGAAACAUCUUAGAAAAAUAAAUAAUUUUAAUAGUUAUCUUGCCUUGCUUUCUGCAUUAGACAGUGCACCAAUUAGAAGACUUGAAUGGCAGAAGCAUAUUACGGAAGGUUUGAAGGAAUAUUGUGCUCUUAUCGAUAGUUCAAGCAGUUUUCGAGCAUAUAGGCAAGCUUUAGCAGAAACUCAACCACCAUGCAUCCCAUAUAUUGGGCUUGUGUUACAAGACCUUACAUUUGUGCAUAUUGGGAACAGUGAUUUGUUACCGGACGGUACUAUCAAUUUUUCUAAAAGAUGGCAACAAUUUAAUAUUGUUGAAAAUAUGAAGAGAUUCAAAAAAGGUACAUACUCCUUCAAGAAACACGAUCGUAUUAUUACGUUCUUCAACAACUUCAGUGAUUUCCUCUGUGAGGAAGCAAUGUGGCAAAUUUCUGAAAGUAUUAAGCCACGUGGUGGAAAGAAAGUUCAAUCGCAAAACUAGAACAUAUCUAACCCUUUCACUGCCUGUGUUUCCAAAUCAAAAGGCUGAAAUGGUGGAAAUUCAAAAUGAUUAUGUUUACAUGAGAAUUUGCUCUUUUCUGCGAUUCAAAAAAAAAAAUAAUAAUAAUGCAUAUACACGUAUAUAUACAUAGGUAGUAUGUAUUGAAGAAUCUAGUAUGUAUAUGUACGUAUGUGUGCGUAAUAUACGUACGUAUGUGCGACGCUCUGAGAGCGGUGAAAGGGUUAGCAUGGUCUACCCCAAUGUGUACGCAGCCUCUGUGAGGCUGUAUUUGAAUGUUUUUAAUUUAUACUCGCCGAAAAAAUACAAACAAAAGAAAAGAAAUACAAAAAGUUAAUAUACACAGUCCAGCCGAGACACAUGCGAUCUUGUACAGUAUUUGAAUUUUAAUGCAUUGUCUCUUCAAACAGAAUCAUAUGCAUGACGAGAGAGAGAGAAAGAGAGAGAGAGAGAGAGAGAGAGAGAGAGAGAGAGAGAGAGAGAGAGAGAGAGAGAGAGAGAGAGAGGCAUCGAUGAUAAUCGAAAGUCAAAGAAACAGUCAAAAUCUAGUUAGCACAAAGUUAAGAGAUUAGUUAUACUAUCGUUAAUUCAAUGCAUUUCUCAUGAUCUUCCUCUUAAAUGCAAAUUGAUAUGAGAAAUACAUAUUUGCCUUGAUAUCCAAAUUGUAUUUAAAUAUGAUGUAUCUAUAAUAAUGCUUAGCUUAUAGAUAAAAAAGAAGAAGAAGUAAAGAAAGAAAAAACAAAAUAUGAUUUACAUUGAAAAAAACUACUAUUAUUACUAAACUAUUACACACACACACACACACACACGUGUAUAUCUACACAUACAUAACUUAUUUAUUAUUUGCGUUUUGCAGACGAGAGAAAGAGAGAGAGAAAGAGAGAGAGAGAGAGAGAGAGAGAGAAACUGUAAGAGUAGUAGAUGUCGUCAGUUAUCAUUUAAAUUAUUUAGAUAUAUGUGAACGUCCAUUUAUCUAGCUUUCACGUAGAUAGACAAAUUU